GCAUUUCUGAACGAAUUAGCGGCGCAAUCUUUUUCCCCGACGGGAGACGUGACAUUUGUGGACGGGGUACCAUGCCCAGUGCUCUGUCCCAAUUUACAAACCCUACAGUCUCUCGCGUGGCCGAAGCCAAGUCAUAUUCGAUUGUUAACGACCCUUGCGUCUCGUCGUCGGUCCGCUGGGAUGCCCCUUACUCGAAUACGCAGGGCCGAUUGGCCACUGCAGAAUGUAUCGCCCGAAACGAUCGGGAUGUCGGCCACACCUUCAGAGCAAUACGCGCUCGAGAAAGCGCUUGCUAGAGAGGCUGAAAUCCUUGAGUGUGGGAAGUUUAGAUGGGAAUGGAAGGAUGGCGGUCGGUGGCAGAAAAUGCCGAGCAUCGGACACCGGAACCGCUCGCCCUAUUUGGAUGGACCCUAGGAUAUUCAGCCACGUCGGCAUGAAUGAUUGGAUCAAGUCGAGCGUCUCGACGCACCAGCAGACAG